CCCACCCUCUCCUUGGAGCACCGCGUCUAGGAGACAGUGUUUCACUUGCCCUGCUUACAUGAGCCAGCAGGAUGAGGCUGUGGUCCUCGCACUGUCCGAGCGCCUCCUCGUAGCCUCCCACAAGGGCCAGGCUGACAAUGUGGUCCAGCUCAUCAACAAGGGCGCCAAAGUAGCCGUCACCAAGUACGGCAGAAGUCCCCUGCACCUGGCUUCCUACAAGGGCCACAUCGAGGUUCUGCGCAUUCUGCUGAAGGCCGGCUGCGAUCUGGACAUCCAGGACGAUGGUGAGCAGACAGCCUUACAUCGGGCAGCCGUGGUGGGAAACAGUGACGUUAUCUCUGCCCUCAUCCAGGAAGGGUGUGCUCUGGACAGACAGGACAAGGACGGUAACACUGCUCUGCAUGAGGUCUCGUGGCACGGCUUCAGCCAGUCUGUCAAACUGCUGGUUAAGGCCGGAGCCAACGUUCACGCAAAAAACAAGGCAGGGAACACAGCCCUUCACCUUGCCUGUCAGAACGGCCAUGCUCAGAGCUCCAAGGUCCUACUGCUGGGUGGCUCCAGGCCCGACAGCAAGAACCAUGUAGGUGACACGUGUCUGCAUGUGGCAGCCCGCUACAACCAUGUGUCCAUGCUCCGUAUCCUCCUGGGAGCCUUCUGCUCUGUGGCAGAGAAGAACCAGGCUGGGGACACACCGCUGCAUGUUGCAGCUGCGCUGAAUCAUAAGAAAACAGUGCGGCUUCUGCUGGAGGCAGGAACAGACAGCAGCAUUCGCAACAACGCAGGCCAGACUGCACUGGACCAGGCCAGAGAACACAACAACCCAGACGUUGCCCUUCUCCUGACCAAAGCGCCUCAGAGCUUUACCCGAGGCAGGAGUGUGAGGAAGAGGAGGGACAAGCUGAAGGCAGAUCGCCGAACACAGUCUGUCCCCAGGGAUGACAUGCUGCCCAGGAAGGACAGCGCAUCUGCUGCUGAUGACACCCCCAGCAGCGACCGCGUCGCCCGCAAACAUGAGGUGAUCGAGGCGAGCACCAGCAAGAGCACAAACAGGAAGCUCAAAGAGAAGCCCUCGCUCUCAGACCCCCUCCGUCGUAGAGAGAACAAACACGGAGAGAAGAGGCGGGACAAACUGCGAGGCUCCUCCCCCCAGCCCCCGCUCCCCCCACACAACUACAAGGCCUAUCAGCUGUACACUCUGUACCGAGGCAAGGAUGGCAAGGUCAUGCAGGCCCCUAUCAACGGCUGUCGCUGUGAGCCUCUGAUCAACAAGCUGGAGAACCAGCUGGAGGCCACCAAGGAGGAGAUGAAGACAGAGAUCCACACAGUGCAGGACCUGAUGAACAACAAGAUGGGAGAGCUGGACCGCAAGAACAAACAUCAGAUCCGUGCUCUGGAUAAGAUGACAGUAGAGAGGGUGUCAGCGGAGAGGACAGAGUGCCAACACAGGAUCGACCAGAGGGCCAUGCAGGAGAGACAGGAGGGGGAGAAGAGACAGCAGGCAUCAGUGGUGAACGAGCUGAAGAACUGGUGCAUGGCCAAGCUCCAGAACAUUGAGGUGCGCUUCGCCGGAGACCCCCGCAACGCCAAGCUGUGCCGGUCCUCGUCCAUGGCUGAGGGCCUGUGUGAGGUGGACCCUGGGGGCCUCACCGUGCUGGCUGCUGGGGGGCCUGGGGGCAGCUCCCAGUGUCUGGCCCCCCACACCACUGACCUCACCGAGGGAGACCACAACACCGCCGCCACAGAGGACCCCUCAGUCAACCACUACUUUGCUGUUCAGGUGGACAGCUCUCCGGACAGUGAUAAACAUCACAAGCGAGCGGAGAUCUCCUCCCCAACUCCCGCCAAGUUCCUGUCACCGUCUCCCCAAGUGGUGCGACCCAAGGAGCGCUUGCUGGGCGCUACUGAAACUCGGAGGCCGUAUCAGGACAUGGCGCUACUGGAGUUGGGAGUGAGCAGCAGAGGCAACAACAACCGGGCCAGCAGUCUGUCCCCAGCUACAGAGCGCCGCUGCAGCAGCAGACAGGACAAGGACCGCGACAGGGAGAGGGAUAGAGACCGGGAGCGGGGCAGGGACAAGGGCAAGCACCACAAGAGGCACUCCCAGGGCAGGACUAAGGCCAAAGGGGACAAGAGGGCCACGGUGGGACAGGCCGAGGGGACUCAGACUCUGGAGGUUUUUGAGGAGAGAGCCGUGGAGAGAGGCGGAGGGGAGAGCUCCUUUGCCCAGGAAAGGGAGAACAUGCACGCCCUGGAGGUGACACAGUACUUCUUCGAGGCGGUGUCGACCCAGAUGGAACGCUGGUAUGAGAGGAAGAUCCAGGAGGCCAGGUGGCAGGCGGACCAGAGGGCCCAGGCAGACAGGGCUGCCCUGCUGGAGAGGAUCACCUACCUGGAGGACGAGCUACUCAUGCUCAGGACUAACAGGCACGACGACAGCUAACACAGACAUACCACUGCAGAGUUUAGAGCAGUGGAGGCUGCUGAGGGGAGGAAGGCUCAUAAUAAUGGCUGGAACGGAGCAAAUGGAAUGGCAUCAAA